AUCGCGGGGGUGGGUUUCGUACGGCCAAGGCAGUGGAGCCGCGGACAGUCGCCUCGACGCUACCACCUCUCUCAGUUGCUCCUCGGUUUCCGGACUCGACGGACAUAGGGACGGGCCAGAAAAUGCGUACCGCCGCCGUAUGGAUCGCUUUCAUCCUGACGUGUACAAGCGAGUCGUUUAUCGCGGGUAUGCGAUACAUCGACCCGCAACCAGGAAGUAACGGCGACAUCGGGGACAAACGAGUGGACUUGACCGAGCCGUCGUGCGACGAGCUACGCGCCAUGUGGAGGUAUACGAAGAGACAGAGCAGAGCCGCUAAAACCACCAACGGAUAUCCGAUGUAUCCGCCGUUCUAUUCCAAUGUAUGGCACAACGUCGCAUUUCCCGAUCGCACUAAAUUUUCCCCGGGAUACCGAGAAACGUUCGCGUUUGCAGGAAGACACGUCGGACGGCCGCGUAGCCGGGCCGCCGGGGGUGCACCGAUCUACGGAAGGAUGGUACACAAGGCUCCGGCAGGAAGCAGAUGGCGAAACGCGAUGCGAGGACCAUCGCGCACAAGGGCCUUUGAGGAGUUUUCGCGGCAGUACGGUACCGUGAAUCGUUUCACGCCGAACAACCGUCGCAUCACCAGUUUUCGCGUUGGCGGCGGUAUCUCACCUCCAAAGUCGCAGCUUCCCCAAUCCGGCAGUUUCGAGGCGCUCAAAAAAAUUAUUCAGGCCGAGAGGGCACGCGAGUUACAGGAGCAACAUGUUGCCGAACAGAUGGAAACGGAAAUUGCCGGUAAACAGAGUACGGACGAUGAACAAGAAGAUGCACAACAGCUGCCAAAGCAUUUUUUCGACCCGAUGCCCCCAGUCUACGAAAUAACACCAAAAGUCAAUUACGAUAACAAUCAGCGACGUUAUUCGGCUUCGAACAUUCCUAAUUUCAGUAUGGCUUGGUCGAGGAGCGGACCUGUCUCGCGAGAAUACGUAUCACCUUAGUAUGCUGCGAACUGUUGCGAAGAAACGGUACAAAUCCGAAAACUGCCGCAUGCAUACUAGCGUUUGUCACCGCGUUCUACACGAUGCAGCUGCAGCCAGCCGCUUCUCGCGAACGUAAAGCAACGUCUCACUCGCCGCGUCUCAAGAUAAUCUUCUUUGUGUCGCGAGGCUCUGGAUCUUUCUGCAAACUUUCAAGUCUAUGAUAUCAACGAUGUAAGUGUAGACGCGAAAUGUAUUUUAACCCGAUAUUGCCCAAUAUGGAAAAACCUUAUCAAGCGUGUAAAACUGCGCGCAGUGCGCUUUCUCUCUUACCGAGAGAUCUUUCAAGUUCUCAGUGCGAGAGAAAUCAGUUUCAGUUACGGAGCAUCUAUCCGUCAAGUUAAAAGUCCAAAGUUCAAUUCAUUCUCCCGGAAUGUAUCGGAACGUCGCACAUGUAUCUCUGAUACGAAUAUCAAAUGAGAUGCAUUAUACAUUGAGGCAUAUCGGGUUGAUCGUAUUGACAUUGCGCAUGUAUUUUUCGGCGCUUCAUAUCUUCAUAUUUCUGCACAUGUUUCGCAUCGCAUUGAAACGCAAUUUCCUGCAUAUUUUCAUCGGCUUUCUUUUCCAGUCAUUGAAAGGUGAAUGCAACAAAUGUAACAAAGAAAUAUGAUAGAGAAAAAGCUCUUCUGUCAUAUGAGGUAACAUAAAAUCAUAUUUAAAUGGAUUUGACACUUUGACAGAGAAAUGGAACAUUCACCGACUUGAUCUCUCCCUCCCUCUCUCUCUCUCUCUCUAAAAAAGGAAUUGCUUCUCUAUCCUUUGCAAGAAAAGAAUUGCGAAUUAGUUCAAGACAUUAAAUCGAAUUUUCAAAGAAGUAAAAAGGAAAAAGAAAAUAAAAAAUGGAAAAGUCAGUCAAGCACUUGGUGAAAAAUCUCAAAGCGCAAAUGCGAUUCAAUGUAUGGUUGGUACAUAGUUGGUACAUUCACAGCUUCCACGUGUAAAGUUUUAAUGGCGUCUCAAGAAAUAUCAUUUGGAAAUUAAAAAUUUUAAAGUUAUAAGGAUCGAUUUAAUUACGAUGUAUUCAAUAUAUUAGGAUAUUACGUCUCAAACUAUUACAGUGUUAAUUUCAAAUUUUAAUAUUGUUUUUUAAUAUCUUUCGCUACCUUCAAGUUUGACAAGUUUAGGAAUCAUGUAGAGAAAAAGAGCGAAAGCGAGAGAAAGAGAGAGAGGACUUUGAUAAUAAAUAAAUGAGAUAAUAUUUACUUAAAUGUUGUAGUAAGAGUAAAUUUGCUAGUAAUUUUGAUUACUGUAGAUUAUCCUCGUAAAGAAUGCCGUAUAAUUAUCGGUUCAUCUCACACACAUAGCCUGAAAGAUAAAUAUAUAUAUAUAUAUAAAUUUGCUAUACGGUUCGAUACUCGAUUUUAAAAUAAAAAUUGGCAAAAUCUUUUCCCGUGGCUGUUUGCAUGUAAACGUUUGCAGGUGUGCCAAAUAGAAUGUUGCACCCUGGCUUCCUUCAUUUACAACAUUACAAAAUACUCUUGGACAAUAAACUAGCAAGACUUAUAUCUAACAAAUUUUGACAUUGUAUAUUAACUCAAUUUAAGAGAUUUUAGAGCAUAUUCCACGAUAAAUCCAUCGAAAUGCACUACAUGUAGUGCCGAUGCAUUGGAAAUGGAAGACAAUAAUUACUCUUAAGAAAAGAUUUGUGAGUACACUAUACUCUUGUGUUCCUGAUGAAUACACAAUUACAUUACGGUCUAAGCGAAAAGAGAGAAAAAUCUGGAAAAAAAGAAGAAUGAUUAUUCCUGAUAUCUCGUAGAUCGAAAUGAAGGGAAAACGAAAGCUUUGUGCGAAAAGUAAUUAUCGUUAAUUGUACGUGCAAGCAAUCUUGGCCCUUAAAUGUUUAAAUGUUCAUUAACGUUGUAUGAAUUGCGAUAAACUCAAAAGUGCAUAUGAAAAUCGAUAUAUAAGAGUAUAUCGCUUAUCAUAUUAUCUUGAACGCGAUAUUAAUAAUGUAAAAUUUUGUCGUUCGCCUUUCGACAUUUUACGCAAUUUACACUAUAAAAUCUAAUUAAUUACAAUUAAUAAAACAAUCUGCAGUUACUUGUCACUUAUAAUUAACAAUGCGAAACUGCAUUAUAGCAAAUGAUGAUCAAACAAUUAAGGGUUAAAGAGGGCAUCUCGAUGACAAUAAAUGUAAAACUUUCUUGUAUAAUCUAAUAAAAACUUGAAAUUGCGUAGACGACGACAUAUAUUUGUGUGGCUUACUCCGUAGCUCAUGCUGAAGAAAUAAUCACCUUCGGCUUUUGUAGUUGAUGCAAAAGAUAUAUAUCUAUCUAUCUAUAUAUACAUAUAUACAUACAUACAUAUAUAUAUGUAUAUACAAAAUAUAUAUAUAUAUAUAUCUUUUAUUAUACAUAUACAUAUAUAUCAUGUGCAUAAUAAUUUCAUAUUAAAUGACGAUUCUGACUGCAAAAGACUUUAUACUUGCAUAUUUGAAUGCCAUAUAUCUAUGUGAAAAUGUAUUAUUAUUAUUUACACAGACACACACACACACACAGAUGCAAAAUGUACAGACGUGUAACUAACAAUUUCACAAUUUACUCUUUGAUCUACAUUUUAUCUUGCAAUUUUUGAUAAAUUUUUAUAAACACUGAUCGAUUAAGUGGUAGCAUUCUUAUUCUUUAUUGUAUAAUUAAGCUGUUAUGUGUAUAAAUACGUGUUUAGUUAUGUGUAUAAAUGCGCGUUAUAGUUAUAUACAUUAUUAGUUAGUUAUACAUCUACAUUAUUGGUUAAUGACGAUAAUGCAUCCUAUAAUAUCGAAAAUUCUAUAUUUCAUUGUGUCCUUUGGUGAAAAAAUUAGAGUGUUGAUAUGAAAGUUGAAAAUAUGUUUAGAAUAAAACUUGAUUGAAUAGAAUGCAAUCGAAAUAUGUUAAAAGUCGAGGAUCUACAGAAACAAUUGUUUUUUAUAAAGAAUAUUCGUUUGAUGUACUCGGUCCUUUAUUUUCGGUCAUUUAUUUUUUUAUUUCCAGUUCCGCGCGCGGGGAGAAAUGUUCGCGCACAUUAUUAUACAUAUAGAUACAUGUUUUGUACCAAUUAGCUUGCGCUAAUAAUAAUUAUAAUUAUAAUUUAUAAUUUAUAUAAUCUGUAUAAACUUUACAAUUAUCGAGUGAGCUAUAAAUUAUUCGAUUGAUCCUAUCCGUCGAUUUUAUUCUCCGAAGCACUUUUCAAGAAAGGCUGUUACUUACAGUACUCGAUCAUAGAUUAGUUAUUUUUAAGUACCGUUAUUUAGGCCGAGGUUCUUAGUUGAGACCCAGUGCCUGAUUACAAACUAGAGACUGGUCGAACAAUCUCGAGAUUAAGACUUGAGCAAGCUGCACGCUCGAAACUUUAUUAUUACUUUGAAAUAAGGAUAUUAAUAUUAAACGUAUCAACGUGUUACAUGCAUGUUUUGUAUUCGUACAUUGUAUAUGUAUGUAUUUAUCGCACAAGUAUUAACGACCGAUUUCGAGUCGAUCAACUUGAAGAGAUAUAGUGUAAUCUUGUCUCUAUCAAAAUUAUUAUGUAAUAUUAAGUUUUUAAUUGCGUUGUAAAAAACAAAUCAACCACGUGACGUCUUUAUAAGUAAUGGCAUAAAUAUUAAUGGACUAUCACGUUAUCUGUUGCAAAACAGUAUUAAAUGUUACGAACCAGUAUAAGCGAGUAUGCAGCUGCUUGAAUUCUUUCUCUCUAAACUCUUGAAACCUCACAGUGUGCUUAUCUAUAUAUAUAUUUUAUUAUUUUAGAUAGUAAAAAUUGCCACACACGACUACAUAAUAUAUGACAAUAAAUUAACCAUAGAUGAUACUUUCAAAUGAAAGAAGGCGAGAGAGCAAAAGAGAGAAUGUGUGCGUGUUGUGUGUGUGUGUGUGUGUGUGUGAGAGAGAGAAAAAGAAAAGUACGUACCUCAAGUACGAUAAUUCUAUAAUAAAAGACUUGCGUAUUGUUUAAGGUACAUAAGUGUUACUCCUAUACAUAUGUAGCUGGCGUGCACAUAACUUUGUGCAUAUGCAAUGCAUAUUCAAUGAAUUAACGAAACAAUACUUUAUCAUCGUAUAUUUGACAUAGAAACUUUAAUAUUAUGGGGAGGGAUGGGAAAGAUACUAAUUAUAUCUACUUAUAAUUAUAAAAAAUUUUAAGGAAUAACAGACAAUAAUUAAUGAUAAAAUAUAUCUCCUAUUGAAGACUUAGGCUUAAAAAAAUAUUAAUAAAAAAAAGAAAAAAAACCAAACGUGCAUACGAAAAUAAAUACGUACAUGCUUAUCCCGGCAUUUUGCCUUCGUCUAUCGCGCUAAAUAAUUUUAGUGUAAAAUUUCCUAUGCACCAUCUCUCUCUUUCAUUGUGAAGCACAUUUUAUUUAUAAUAUAACAACGAUAUUUUGCACAAUAACAAAAGUGUACUGUAGUGUUUUGGAUAUUUUGUUAUAUUUUUCAUUAUUUUCAAUAAUGUGUGUGUGCUUGAUACAUCAUUAUUUCUGCGUACUUUCUAAGCUAUUGUGAUUUUACGUAUGUAAGAGAUUUAAUUAAAAGCUGAUAUGAUAUAAGUUAAGUAAUAAUUACGCUGAUGUGAAAAGUGCGUAUUAAAAAGUGUACCGUAUCUAUAAUUGGCAACAAUACUUCACGUAAAAACUUCGUUAGCGUUGGUAACUGAUAAAGGAUUGAUUUACUUAAAUUAAUCAUUAAAUUAAAUAAUAGAAUUGUCUGUAAUAAAUGUAUAGAUACACGCAUACACACCUUUCCAGCGUGAAAAAUCUUGCAUUUUUCCCGCGUUAUAAAUUAAUGCAAGAGCAAAAGAAAAAAAACCAAAACAAAAUUAUAUAUUAAUUCAUUAAUGCUUAUGGCUCAGUAAAUUAAUUUACCAUUAAAAAUAUGCUGUACUCGGUAGCCAGAAAAUGUACUGUUGUGCACCGAUGAAUGUAUCAUUGUUGCGUUAUGUCACCUAAUUUAAAUAUAUGUAUAUAAUGUCCCGAAUAUCGCGCAUUUUCUGAUUGUAAAUUUGCUGCUAAUACUUUAGUUAGUUUUAAGAAAAAUCUCUAAUGCCGUUACUUUUUAUAAUUUUUAUUUUACAAUAGUGUUCUCUAUGCUAUAUUGUAUAUAGCGACAGUAUUAUAUAAUUAAAUUUACUGGCUACAUUAUGUAACGAAAUCAACCUAACCUCUGACAUCUCAGAUAAUAAGAUUCGCAUGUCUAUAACUGGAAAUGUUUAAUUUCCAACUUUUAUCAAUCCAAAACUGAAAACUAUCAAUACCGUAUUACUGAAGCACCUUCCUCUUAAGUUGCGAAAUCUUCAAUUCGAAAGUUUCGAAAUCAACAACUUUAAUACCAAGAAAAAGCGCGAUGCUGAUUGACCAUGUAUAUGUGUACUACGUAUUAUAGCAGAUGUUUCACAAGUAUGUGUACAUAUUCUAUUGGAUUAUAUUUUAUUUUCAAAUAUAUGUCUCUCAAUCAAAA